AUGGCCUCUUACCUGGGUCAGAGUUACGGUUAUGGCGGGCCCGACAUGCGAACUCUGCCUGGUCUCAGCAUGGGAGCCCUUUCUGUCGCUGUCUCGAACGAAGUGGUCGGCCUCCCGCCGACCCUGGGUCUCAUCGACCCCUCGCUCCACGUUCUCUUUCCGGUCUACAGCACCUGUGUGGCGGAGCCCACGGCGCCAUCGACCGCGGACAAUACGAUACCGAUCGCGCUGCCGCCUCAGCUGAAGAAACGGUUCAACGGUCUGAAGUAUAUCUCAGGAGGCCUGUACGAGGGAUAUGUGAAGCGCUAUAACCCCGUGCGCGGAUUCGGCUUCCUGACAGCGACGCAUCAGAUCUUUCCUGUCUUAGGUUCCGCACCUAUGGGAAGUACAGCGACCGCAAAGGAUUUUGAGAGGUCGGUGACAGAGACACAGGAUCUAAAUGGUAUUUCAGCUGGCAGUAGCCCUGACGUAAGCUGCAUGCCGCACGAGCUGGACCUUGGCGCAGGCGGGGAUGGACGACCGGCCGACACGCGCUCCACUCCCUGCCUCAAUGUUGAUACCUGCAUGCAACUUGACCCAAACCAACACUCUUUCUUCAAGGGGCUGUCUCCAGAUGCACCCUUAACUUCCUUUGCCUCUGAUAUCUCAACUACGUCCACCGCUAUGAAAUCAAUGAAGUCUUAUACGCGUGUACCAACCAGGCCUGGUGAUAUCUUUGUGCAUCAUAGCCAUGUGGAUAUGCAUGGUUUUCACACCAUGCCAGUUCGUGGCCGGGUUCGCUUUCAAGUCAAUUUUAUCGAGGCGAGGAGCUCAUACCAGGCAGUCAACGUGGAAUUGCUCCCACAGGUAGUACCCCGGAAUAGGGACUCUGUGAAUACUUCCACUUCUGAUCAUCUAAGCAACGAAAAUGGUCCUUCAAUAUUUUGGCUAGACGAAGUGAAGCGGUGGGAAAGUUCAUAA